CCGUCAUUAUUGUUUGUCGGCGCAAGUCUCUGCUAACAAGCUUGCUGCAAAAAUAAUAGAAAUUGAUUAAAAAUAUUUAAAAAAUCAUUAAUAAUAUAAAAAAAUUUAUGUUUUUAAUAUUUAAUAUCCCAAUAAAAUGAGUGGUAAAUCUUUAACAAGCACAAAAAACCCAAAAGACGGGGACGAACAGAGCUCGUCAUUAACUUGGCAUAAAUGGUGCCGUCUAUGUGCCAAAAGUGAAUUAAAUGAUGAAUACGAAUCCUCAAUAUUUGCCAAAAAUGAAGCUGGAGCAAACGAAGCCGAUUUAGCCACUUCGGUGGGGAAAUAUUUUUGGGUUAAUAUAAAAGCUGAAGAUGAGAUUUCCCAGUGCUUGUGCCGGGAGUGUCGGAAACUGGUGCAGGAAUUGGUUACCUUUACGGAACGCGUUAAUAAGGUACAAACUUUAUUUGUUUUACUGCAAACUAUGAAACCCAAAACCAUAAAGGAGGCUGUUAAGUUUCGUACACAAUUUGGCCUCAGUGAAGAGGGCUGGCAGCAUAUAAUAAAGCCGGAAGCACCUAAAAUACAGGAAACACCAAAACCUUUGCUAAUAGAUCAACAAAUACAAACAGAUUUGUUAUAUACUAAUGUAAUUAAAGAACUAGAUACUCAAAUUUCCAUAUCUAAAGCUAAAAAGGACUUAAUAGACAUUCUGCAGAAAUCCGAUAAAAAUGAAGACUAUGAAAGUCAAACAGAAACAGAACAGGAUACUAAUAUAUAUGAGUUUACUAUGCAAGAAGAUAAUGAAGUUGAUUUUGUAGAAAAUGAAGAUUUUGUAGUGCCUUCAGGAAGUUCACAUACUGAAGUUAUUAAGUCAUCCCAAGAGGACACUGAACCUGCUAAUGAACUGGAGGAUGAAGAAGAGCUGCAAGAUAGUGAUCUUUUUAAAGAACUUAAGUUUAAACAUGAAGAUGAUGAAGAGGAGGAGGACGAUGGACAACAGCAACAACCUAAAAGAUUUAAAAUUAUUUCCGCCGAAGAAGAGGUGGAAGUAGAAUAUCAAGAUUCUCAACAAACCUUAGACCACACAGAAGAAGAAGAAGAAGAAAAUGAAGAAGAUUUUGUAGAAGAUAUGGGUGAUUCAUUAGAAGUGUUGGAUGAAGAGCGCACUCAAAAUUAUGUUAAUACUAGUGAUAGUAAAAAUAAUACCCAACCCGAUAUAUUCGAAUUAUUAAAAGGAAAAAGAGGUCGUCCCUAUGGCUCUAAAAAAUUAGACUCUAAUAAUACCUCCUAUCGCUAUGAAUGCAAGGAAUGUAAACGUAGAUAUAAGAAUCCUACUAUCUUCCGUAAACACAUGAUAACCCUACACGAUGUCAUAGCAGAAUUACCAAACUCACAUCUGCCCAGCAACAAGUGUAGCGUUUGCAGUAAAGAGUUCUUAACCCGAAGUAGCUUAAGAUUACACAUGCGCAAUCAUUUGCCCGAUGAAGAGAAAUACAAUGUACCCUGUCCCUAUUGUGAGCGUAAGUUUUCCCAAGUGGGUGCCAUGAAACAGCAUGUUAAGGGUAUACAUCAUCAAAUGAAACCCUUUAUAUGUGAUCAAUGUGGUAAGGAGUGCAAAACAAUGGCGGCUCUAACCGAACAUCAAUUAGUACACACCGAUGAGUGUCCCUUUGAAUGUGAGGUGUGUCAUAAACGUUUUAAAAAUAAACCUAGACUCAAAUCUCAUAUGGAUACGCACACAAAAUCACUAUACAAAUGUCCCGACUGUGAUUUGGAAUUGAAUACUAGAAGAACUUUAUUACAACAUCGUUUAGUGCACAGUGAUGUAAAGCGCUUUAAAUGUGAAUUUUGUGAUGCCGCCUUUAAAAGAUCGAAGGCCUUAAAAAAUCAUUUAAUUUUGCAUUCGGGUCUGAGACCCUAUAAAUGUAAUUUUUGUAAUAGAUCUUUUUCGAAUGGUUCGAAUUGUAGGGCUCAUAAGAAACGUGCACAUCGCAAACAAUUGGAAGAGGAAGAGGCAAAUGGUAAGGUGGCCGAACGUGUACCCAUACCGAAAUUAGAGGAACUUAAGACAGUCAAAGGGGUUUUAGUGCAACCGCGAAAAGUUCGAAAAUCCGGUGGUCUGUCUGAUCGUGUGAUACAACUACUGCAAACGGCUGAGGAACGUAAACUGCAAAAUUCUCAGGAAUAUGAGAAUGAUGAUGGUGCUACAGCAGCAGCAGCAGCUGUUGAAAAUUAUGAAUCGUAUACAGAUUUUCACUAUGAAAUCGACAAAUCAGAAGUCGAUGAAACUGAAUCACUGGUCGAUAAUCCUAGCGAGGAAUGUGAAGAAACAGUUAUAUAUGAAAUUAUUGAUGAAAUAUAAUUGUAUUACUACAAAUUUCGUUUUGUACGUGAAACUGUA